ACACACACGCACAAAAAGCGAGCAGGAGACUCAUUUAGACAGAAAGGCACUCUUCGCAACUGGUAUCAAACGAUUAUUUUUGGUUUUCGAUAACGAGGAAAAACCCAAGCUCGUAUGCUUUUUCUAUGUUUUCUGACACUUUGGCCUGGCUCUUGAUUUUGCUUCUUGCGAUGCCACAAGAAACACAUGGGUUUUAUUUUACAAGGCGGGAUAUUCACGGAGUGAUGUGCUCAUCAUCAUUUGAAGACCAGUGCACUAUGGAAGAACGGAGUCGAUUGCAAACGAAUACGGUAGAUAUGUUGACAAGGAAACAUCAAGACCGAGUGAUAGUGAUUCGCUCUUUUCUGACGUCACAGAUUAGAAUUUUUAACGAAUUUUUUUCGAAAACCCUGCGAACCGUUCACAUGGAUCUUGACUUGAUGUUCUCGAAAACAUAUGGGUCGUUUUAUCAAGAAAAUAUACAACUUUUGAAUGAUUUUUUCAAAAAGAUCAAAGGUUUUUCUGUAAGCUUUGCGGAAACCAGCAUGAAAACUAUAGUGGAACUGUUUUUCGAUGAACUUUUUCAAGUGAUGUUCAGCAUUGCCAAUCCAUUUUAUUCAAUCACAAACGAUCAGCGAGUAUGCAUGGAAAGCUUCUACCGGGAAAUUGAAGCAUUCGAUGAUAUCCCUCAAAAAAUUGUUAACCAACUUUCUCUACCUCUGUCGAACUGGAAGCAUUUUUUGGGAUCCCUGGAAUCGCUGAACGGGAUUUUGGAGGGAUACUUGAAUAUAACAUUUAAAGAAGAAUGUGAACGGGGACUCACAAGGAUGGAGACAUGUGCACAGUGUCAGAGAAUUUCUGAAAAACCGUGCCAAGCGUACUGUGUGAAUAUUUUGUCAGGAUGCACACAUCAAAUGCUGGACAGUGAAGGAGCAUGGAGAGCGGCGACAGAAAGUAUGAUUAAGCUGGGUAAUCAACUGAAUCACCGACAAAAUCUGGUUUCCGCGCUACAACCAAUUCCGGUACUAAUCAGUGAAGCCAUUAUGCAUUUCCAAGAAAAACGGGAUUAUAUAACAAACAAGAUGAUUGGAAAGUGCCUGCUCAAUAAUGAAGAUUUCGGACUGCGCAAGAAGCGUUCCGCAAAGUUCAAGGCUUUUCCAGUGAUCACCACCAAACGAAGUCGAGACCACCUGAUACUCAAUCAAAUGUUUCAGUCAUUUGCAAAUAAGAUGGACGAAUGGAAAGUAUUUUUUGGAAAUUUGCCUGAAUACUUGUGUAGGGGAGAGGACUGGGCUAGUAAGGAGGAUGAGAGGUGCUGGAAUGGAACUGGCGUUGGGGAGUACAAGCUCCCCUUAGUGAAUUAUACGAACCCGUUCUCAAAUCCAGAGUAUCAAGGGACUGAUUUUCUGACAUUUCGAGGAAACUACAUUGAAGAACGAUUACGCCUACACUGGUUGCAUUCACGGAUAUCUCAUAUUCUGUCUGGGAAAGAUUCUCAAAAGUCAGAGGCAUACUAUUCACACAAAGCAGAAGCCAGGAUACAAAGUGAUGAUGAAGAUUAUUCCGAUUACGAGUAUGAAAGUUCUGGGAACUUUCCCGGAUCCGGAAGCUACAUGAGCUCUAAACGGGAAUACUCGCCAUAUUUCCGAAAACAUGACGAUAAAAUUGAAAUUGUUAUCGAACCAUACCCAGUGAUAUCAACAUCCCGUAAACAUUUUCACAGUUUUGUAAUUGUAAUUUUUAUGUUAUUUUCUGCUUUGUUUCAAUGUUCUAGGUAACUUUUUGAUUGAAUUGCUUAGUUGUAUAUACAGAGUCUGUACUUGUUUGAAAAUGAAACGUGUAUCUUCUUUUUGAAC